AUGGCGAACAACAAUAACAACAACAACGAGUCGCGAUACGGCGCGUGCUGGCCAGGAACCGCGACGCCGACGCCGGAAGAGUUAGCGUUUGAGUUAGGGAACGGGAACGUGAAGAAGAUUUCUUUGCUCGGGUCGACCGGGUCGAUUGGGACGCAAACGCUGGACAUUGUGGAGGAACACCCGGAUAAAUUCGAGUGCGUGGCGUUCGCGUGCGGGAGGAACAUCGAGUUAGCGGCGAAGCAGAUCGAGAAGUUUCAACCGCAAAUGGUUUCGGUGCAAGAUGGGAAAGAUAUCGAGAAAUUGAAAGAGACUUUGAAAGCGAGCGGGUAUAACGGACCGAUGCCGGAGUUGGUGUACGGGAACGACGGGAUGUGCGCGGUGGCGGCGCACGAGAAUUGCGAAGCGGUCGUGACUGGGAUUGUCGGGUGCGCUGGGUUGCCGCCGACUGUGGCCGCGAUAAACGCAAAGAAAAACAUUUGCUUGGCGAAUAAGGAGACUUUAAUUGCCGGUGGUCCGGCGAUUGUGCCGCUGGCGGUGAAGAAUGGCGUAAAAAUUUUACCCGCGGAUUCCGAACACUCCGCGUUGUUUCAAUGCAUGCAAGGAUUACCGCCGGGAGCGUUACGCAGAAUAAUCUUAACCGCCUCUGGUGGGGCUUUCAGAGACGUCGACCUCGCGGAAAUGCAACGCAUGGCCGAACAAGAGCCGGAAAAGUUACACGCGAAAGCGACCACGCACCCGAACUGGGACAUGGGCGCCAAAAUCACCUGCGACUCCGCGACGUUGAUGAACAAAGCCUUGGAAGUCAUCGAAGCGCACUACCUCUACGGUACCUCCUACGAUAACAUCGACGUCGUCAUCCACCCGCAAUCCAUCAUCCACUCCAUGGUCGAAACCGCGGACUCCUCUGUCUUGGCCCAAUUAGGCUGGCCGGACAUGCGUCUCCCUAUCCUUUACACCAUGUCCUGGCCGCAACGCGUCAACUGCUCCGAACAAACCUGGCCGCGAUUAGAUUUCGUCAAAAUGGGCGACUUAACCUUCAAAGAACCAGACACGAAAAAGUACCCGAGCUUAACCAUGGGCUACGCCGCCGGUCGAUUCGGUGGAACCAUGACUGGCGUCUUCUCCGCCGCCAACGAACAAGCCGUCGCCAUGUUUCUCGAAAAGAAAAUCGGCUACUUUGACAUUUACAAAACCAUCGACAUGGCCAUGGAAGCGCACAAGAACGAUUUGAUUUUAGAUCCAUCUUUGGACGAUAUCGUGGCGUGCGAUUUGUGGGCGAGGCAAAACGUGUUGGAUAACGUCACUGCUGGGAAGUUGACCGCGAAAGUGCCGGCGUGA